UUCUCUUUAACUCUUUGCUUCAUUUUCAUCAACUUUGGCUUAUGACUACAACAGAGUAUAUUUAAGAGAUUCACUUUUCUUUGCUUGUUUAAUUCCUUAAGAGCACUGGCCGUCGUCUCUGUUGGAUGGUCAGAUACCUGAUUCAAGGCUAUAGGUGUAAGGACAGUGAAACCUUUUUUUUUUUUUUUUUGACAGAGUUUUUCUGUGUCACCUAGGCUGGAGUGCAGUGGCACAAUCUCAGCUCACAGCAAUGUCUGCCUUUCAGGGUCAGGCCAUUCUAUCCCACUCAGUCUCCUGAGUAGCUAGGACUACAGGUGCACACUGCCAUGUCCCCACAUCCAGCUCACUUUUUGUAUUUUUUGUAGAGAUGGGUUUUGCUACGUUGCUCAGGCUGGUCUUGAACUCCUAAUCUCAAGUGAUCCACCUACCUUGGCUUCCAGAAGUGCUGGGAUUACAGACAUGAGCCACUGCACCUGGCCUGAAAAUCAUUUUUAAUGAUUUUAUUUGAUGUUUCUUUUUUUUUUUUUUUUCUUCUUUAAGACUGAGUAUUGCCCCGUCACCCAGGCUGGAGUGCAGUGGUGAGAUUUCAACUCACUGCAGUCUCCGCCUUCCAUGUUCAAACAAUUCUCCUGCCUCAGCCUCCCUAGUAGCUGGGAUUACAGGUGCCUGCCAUCACACCUAGCUAAUUUUUGUAUUUUUAUAGAGAUUGGGUUUCACCAUGUUGGACAGGAUGGUCUCAAUCUCUUGACCUCAUGAUCUGCCUGCCUCAGCCUCCCAAAGUGCUGGGAUUACAGGCAUGAGCCACCGCGCCCAGCCUAGAAGUUAUUUUUUCUCUUUCUUUCUUUCCUUUUUUUUUUUUUUGAGAUGGAGUUUUGCUUGUUACCCAGGCUGGAGUGCAAUGGCGUGAUCUCGGCUCACUGCUACCUCCGCCUCCUGGGUUUAGGCAAUUCUCCUGCCUCAGCCUUCUGAGUAGCUGGGAUUACAGGCACCGCCACCAUGCCCAGCUAAUUUUUUGUAGAGACGGGGUUUCACCAUGUUGACCAGGAUGGUCUCUAUCUCUUGACCUCGUGAUCCACCUGUCUCAGCUUUCCAAAGUGCUGGGAUUACAGGUGUGAGCCACCACACCUGGCUUUUUUGUUUUUUUUUUUUAAGAUGGGGUUUCACCAUGUUGGUCAGGCUGGUCUUGAACACCCAACCUCAGGUGAUUCACCCACCUUGUCCUUCAAAGUGCUUGGAUUACAGGCGUGAGCCACCACGCUCAGCCUAGAGUUCUUAUUGAGUUGCUUGAACUGCACAAAAGUUUUAGGACUAUGGAAACAUAAACCAGUACUGAAACUACAUUUUAAAAAUCAGUUCACCUUCAAAUGUUUGUAGUUGACAUUGAAAGAUAAAAUAUAGAAUGGUAGGGCUGGGUGCGGUGACUCAAGCCUGUAAUCCCAGCACUUUGGGAGGCCGAGGCAGAUGGAGCAUGAGGUCAAGAGAUCGAGACCAUCCUGGUCAACAUGGUGAAACCCCGUCUCUACUAAAAAUACAAAAAAUUAGCUGGGCAUGGUUGCACGUGCCUGUAAUCCCAGCGACUCAGGAGGCUAAGGCAGGAGAAUUGCCUGAACUCAGGAGGCGGAGGUUGCAGUGAGCGGAGAUCGUGCCAUUGCACUCCAGCCUGGGUAACAAGAGCGAAACUUUGUCUCAAAAUAAAUAAAUAAAUAAAUAAAUAAAUAAAUAAAAAUAUAUAGAAUGGUAGGCUGGGCACAGUGGCUCACGCCUGUAAUCUCAGUCCUUUGGGAGGCUGAGGUGGGUGGAUCACGAGGUCAGGAGAUCAAGACCAUCCUGGCCAACAUGGUGAAAUGCCAUCUCUACUAAAAUAUAAAAAAUUAGGUGGGCAUGGUGAUGUGUGCCUGUAAUCCCAGCUACUCAGGAGGCUGAGGCAGGAGAAUCACUUGAACCUGGGAGGUAAAGGUUGCAGUGAGCAGAGAUCGCACCACUGCACUCCAGACUGGCAACAAAGCAAGACUCCGUCUCAAAAAAACAAAAACAAAACAAAAAAUAAGAAUGGUAAAACUUGCAGUUCACUACUAUUAACUUUAAAGUCUUCUUUUUUCUUUUUUUUUCUUCUGAGACAGAGUCUCACUUUCUUGCCCAUGCUGGAGUGCAGUGGUGCAAUUUCAGCUCACUGCAACCUCCACCUCCUGGUUCAGGUGAUACAGCCUCAGCCUCCCAAGUAGCCGGGGCCACAGGUGUGUGACACAACACCCAGCUAAUUUUUGUAUUUUUAGUAGAGAUGGGGUUUUGCCAUGUUCGCCAGGCUGGUCUUGAACUCCUUACCUCAGGUGAUCUGCCUGCCGUGGCCUCCCAAAAUGCUGGGAUUACAGGUGUGAGCUACUGUACCCAGACUUUAAAUCCUUCUUAUUAAAGUUUACAAUGUAUGUUAUAUAUGUAUAUUCUACAUCUUAUAUAUGCCUGGGCAACAGUAUUAUGUAUAUUAUAUAUGUAUUACAUAUAUUAUAUAUGUAUUACAUAUAUUAUAUAUAUGCGUGUUGCUGUACUGCUUAAGUGAAUCAGCUCUAGCCAACCAGCCAAUAGUUUUGGCAGAAGAAGACAUUAGUUUUGCUAGAAUCACCUGAAUCACUGUGACUAUGUUACUUUAACCCAUGAUACAGCGAUAGAUACCUUUAUUUUAUUUUUAUUUCAUAUCUUUAUUGAUUGCUUGAUUGAGACAGGGUCUUGCUCUGUCACCUGGGCUAGAGUGCAGUGGUGUGAUAAUAGAUCACUGCAGCCUCAAACUCCUAGGCUCAAAUGAUCUUCCUGCCUUAGCAUCCCAAAUAACUAGAACUACAUAUACCACAACAGCUGGCUGAUUUUUAUUUUAAAUAUUUAUUUAUUUGACGGAGUCUGUCUCCCAGGCUGGAGUGCAGCAAUGAGAAGACAGCUCACUGCAGCCUUGGCCUCGAGCUCAAGUGAUCCUCCCACUUCAGCCUCACAUGCAGCCCAGACCACAGAUAUUGGAUCAGAAAGAUACACUUUCAGCUUCACCAUUCGGGAUUCACCAGCACAUUUUAUAAAUGCAACUUCCUGGGGCAAUGAAGAUUACAUCAAGUCUCUUUCUGACGGCUUUAGGGUUGGCGAUUGUGUGAUAAUUGAAAAUCCUCUGAUCCAAAGAAAGGAUAUAGAAAGAGAGGAAAAAUUCAGCCCUGCAACUCCUAGCAACUGUAAACUAUUGCUCAGUGAGAAUCACUCGACAGUGAAAGUUUGUUCCAGUUAUGAAGUGGACACAAAGUUACUUUCUUUGAUACAUUUACCUGUUAAAGAGUCUCGUGAUUAUUAUUCACUGGGUGACAUUGUUGCGAAUGGACACAAUCUUAAUGGGAGGAUUAUUAACGUGCUUGCAGCUGUGAAGUCGCUACUCAGGAGGCUGAGGCGGGAGAGUCGCUUGAAUCUGGGAGGCGGAGGUUGCAGGGAGCCGAGAUUACACCAUUGCACUCCAUCCUGGGUUGGAGAGCCAAAAUACUUUACAACUUCAGACCGGAGAAAAGGCCAGCGCUGUGAAGUUAGACUCUAUGAUGAAACAGAAUCUUCUUUUUCAAUGACAUGUUGGGAUAGUGAGUCCAUUCUACUUGCACAGUGCUGGAUGCCACGAGAAACAGUAAUAUUUGCCUCGGAUGUAAGAAUAAGUUUUGACAAGUUUCGAAACUGCAUGACAGCAACUGUAAUCUCAAAAACCAUUAUUACAACUAACCCAGAUACACCAGAAGCUAACAUUCUACUGAAUUUUAUAAGAGAAAAUAAAGAAACAAACAUUGUGGAUGAUGAAAUUGACAGCUAUUUCAAAGAAUCCAUAAAUUUAAGUACAAUAGUUGAUGUCUAUACAGUUGAACAAUUAAAGGUAAAAGCUUUGAAGAAUGAAGGAAAAGCUGAUCCUUUCUAUGGCAUCCUUUAUGCCUACAUUUCUGCACUGAACAUUGAUGAUGAAACUACAAAAGUGGUUCGAAAUAGAUGUUCCAGCUGUGGUUAUAUUGUAAACGAAGCAUCUAACAUGUGCACAACUUGCAACAAAAACUCCUUGGACUUUAAAUCUGUCUUUGUCAGUUUUGAAAUGCUGAUCGAUCUGACUGAUCACACAGGUACCCUUCAUUCCUGUAGUCUCACAGGAAGUGUUGCUGAAGAGACUUUGGGCUGCACGGUAAAUGAGUUUCUUGCAAUGACAGAUGAACAGAAAACAGCAUUAAAGUGGCAAUUUCUCUUGGAAAGAAGCAAAGUUUAUUUAAAAUUUGUUGUAUCGCAUAGAGCAAGGAGUGGAUUGAAAAUUAGUGUGCUGUCAUGCAAGCUUGCAGAUCCCACUGAGGCGAGCAGAAACUUGUCUGGAUAAAAACAUGUUUAAAAUAGUCUAUCAUUCUAAACUCUGGAAAAGUAUAGAGUUUUAACUCCCUUUAAAAUGGAAUACUAAUUUGAAAAUUAUGGGGAAAAUUUUGUUUUGUUUACAUGUGACUAAUAUGUUUCUAGAAACUGUUAUGGUGGAACUGGUCUGGGGCGAGUCUGAAGGCCUCUCUCAUCUGACCUCCUUUCCUAGAAGGCCUCCUGCUGGCUUUGCCUUGUCUCCUCCCAAGUUGGAAAAUGUUUACAUAAAUUAAUAAACAUUUAGUGUUCUA